GCAGAGCGUUGCUCGAAUCGAGGAGCCUCGGCAGGAGGUUUGUCCCCGCCCGCCCGCCGUGCUGCGCGGCCCCCGUGAAAGGGAAAGAGCGCGCGGCUGAGAUGGGCGAGACCAUGUCAAAGAGACUGAAGUUCCAUCUGGGCGGGGAAGCAGAGAUGGAGGAGCGGGCGUUCGCCAACCCCUUUCCGGACUACGAGGCCGCUGCCUCCGCGGUGUUCGCCGCCGGAGCGGCCGAGGAGACGGGCUGUACUCGCCCCCCGCCCACUACCGACGAGCUUGGCCUCCCUUUCCACAACGACGGAAAGAUCAUACAUAAUUUCACGAGGCGAAUCCAGACUAAAAUCAAAGAUCUUCUGCAGCAAAUGGAAGAAGGGCUGAAGACAGCCGAUCCCCAUGACUGCUCGGCCUAUACUGGUUGGACAGGCAUAGCCCUUUUGUACCUGCAGUUGUACCGGGUCACCUGUGACCAGACCUACCUGCUCCGAUCCCUGGACUACGUAAAGAGAACCCUUCGGAACCUGAAUGGCCGCAGGGUCACUUUCCUCUGUGGGGAUGCUGGACCCCUUGCUGUAGGCGCUGUGGUGUAUCAUAAACUCAAAAGUGAUUGCGAGUCCCAGGAAUGCAUCACAAAACUUUUGCAGCUUCAGAGGACCAUUGUGUGCCGGGAUUCAGACCUCCCCGACGAGCUGCUCUACGGACGGGCAGGUUACCUGUACGCCUUACUCUACCUGAACACAGAGAUCGGUCCAGGCACCGUGUGUGAGUCAGCUAUUAAAGAGGUGGUCAGUGCUAUCAUUGACUCCGGCAAGACUCUGUCAAGGGAAGAAAGGAAAGCCGAGCGCUGCCCACUGCUGUAUCAGUGGCACCGGAAGCAGUACGUGGGAGCGGCCCACGGCAUGACCGGGAUCUACUACAUGUUAAUGCAGCCAGCAGCAAAAGUGGACCAAGAAACCCUGACAGAAAUGGUGAAACCUAGUAUCGAUUAUGUGCGCCACAAAAGAUUCCGCUCUGGGAACUACCCAUCAUCGCUGAGCAAUGAAACAGAUCGCUUGGUCCACUGGUGCCACGGUGCCCCCGGGGUCAUCCACAUGCUCAUGCAGGCCUACAAGGUCUUUAAGGAGGAGAAGUACUUGAAGGACGCCAUGGAGUGCAGUGACGUCAUCUGGCAGCGAGGUUUGCUUCGGAAGGGCUACGGGAUCUGCCACGGGACCGCCGGCAAUGGCUACUCGUUCCUGUCCCUGUACCAUCUCACGCAGGAUAAAAAGUACCUCUACCGAGCUUGCAAAUUUGCCGAGUGGUGUCUAGACUAUGGAGCACAUGGGUGCCGCAUUCCCGACCGGCCCUAUUCUCUCUUUGAAGGCAUGGCCGGCGCGAUUCACUUCCUCUCCGACAUCCUGGCACCAGAGACCUCCCGGUUUCCGGCAUUUGAACUUGCCCCUUCGCAGAGGAACACAAAGAUGUAGAGAGACUACUAAGACACCGGUUUGGACCAAAAGCCAGAUUGCUUAGUGCCUGCCACAGAACCAACUAUGAAUCCUGAAGACGGCAAGAAAAGGAGAGAGAGAGAAGCAAACACCUUCACGGGCCCCCUUUGUUGCAGAGACCCUCAAGUUAGAGCAUGAAUGACAGAAACCAUCCCAUCAGCGUUUUGUAACAGUGUUCCCCUUCCCGGUGUAAAAUACGAAUUCUUCACAUCCGGC